GAGCGCCAGGCCGGAAGGAGGCAGCGGGAGGGCGGGCGGCAGGAGUGGGCCCGGAGCUGCUGGGCCGGAGCGGCGGCGCCGCCAUGUCCGACAGCGAGAAGCUCAACCUGGACUCUAUCAUCGGGCGCCUGCUGGAAGUGCAGGGCUCGCGGCCUGGAAAGAAUGUACAGCUAACAGAAAACGAGAUCCGUGGUCUGUGCCUCAAAUCACGGGAGAUUUUCCUGAGCCAGCCCAUUCUUCUGGAGCUGGAGGCACCCCUCAAGAUCUGCGGUGACAUCCAUGGCCAGUACUACGACCUUUUGCGGCUAUUUGAGUACGGCGGCUUCCCUCCAGAGAGCAACUACCUCUUCCUGGGGGACUACGUGGACCGGGGCAAGCAGUCUUUGGAGACCAUCUGCCUGCUGCUGGCCUAUAAGAUCAAGUACCCAGAGAACUUCUUCCUGCUCCGUGGGAACCACGAGUGUGCCAGCAUCAACCGCAUCUAUGGCUUCUAUGACGAGUGCAAGAGGCGCUACAACAUUAAACUGUGGAAAACCUUCACCGACUGCUUCAACUGCCUGCCCAUUGCUGCCAUUGUGGACGAGAAAAUCUUCUGCUGCCAUGGAGGCCUGUCCCCGGACCUGCAGUCCAUGGAGCAGAUUCGGCGUAUCAUGCGGCCAACAGACGUGCCUGACCAGGGCUUGCUAUGUGACCUGCUGUGGUCUGACCCUGACAAGGACGUGCAGGGCUGGGGCGAGAAUGACCGUGGUGUCUCCUUUACCUUUGGGGCUGAGGUAGUGGCCAAGUUCCUACACAAACACGACUUGGACCUCAUCUGCCGGGCACACCAGGUGGUGGAAGACGGCUAUGAGUUCUUUGCCAAGCGGCAGCUGGUGACACUCUUCUCAGCUCCCAACUACUGUGGCGAGUUUGACAACGCAGGCGCCAUGAUGAGUGUGGAUGAGACGCUCAUGUGCUCCUUCCAGAUCCUCAAGCCCGCUGACAAGAACAAGGGGAAAUACGGGCAGUUCAGCGGCCUGAACCCUGGAGGCCGGCCCAUCACCCCACCCCGCAACUCCGCCAAAGCCAAGAAAUAGCCUCCACGUGCCCGCACUCUGCCCCAGAUGGUGGAUUGUACAGAAAUUAUGUGGCCGUUGGGGGGUUCGUGCUGGCUCCCCCCAGGCCCACCUGUCACGGGGAGCACGGAGCCUUGGUAUAUUUUUCUUUUUCUUUUUUUUUUAAUGAAUCGAUAGCAGCGUCCAGUCCCCCAGGGCUCCUUCCGCCUGCACCGGCGGCGGUGACAAGCAGGACCCUGGGGCUGAGGCUGCAGCUCAGGGCAAAGCAGGGCCAGAUGUGGGUUUCCAGCCUCGCUUGGCCUCAGGGCCAGCAGACAGAUCCUGGGGCGACCCAUCUGGUCUCUUGAAUAAAGGUCAAAGCUGGAUUCUC